AUGAAAUUAUUGAAUUCAGAUAUAAUUCGAAAUAUAAUUUUGUAUAUAAAAGACGAUAAAGCAUCGCUCUUUCGUUGUUUAUUAGUGAAUAAAACAUGGUGGUCUCAAACAAUUGAUAUUCUUUGGAGUCAACCAUUUCGACUACUUUAUUCUUGUAUUUCAAAAUUAGAGGAUUCACCUACUUGUAACUGUAAAUUUUUAACUAGAAGACGUCAAGCUUCUUCAUUAAUUAAUAUUUAUAUUACUUUUAUAAUUUUAGAAAAUGAACAAGAUUUAAUUGAUAAUAAUAUUAUUAAACAAGGACAAAUUUUAAAUCCUAUGCAUAAUUAUAUUGAUUUUUUAAGAAAUAUUGAUAUACAUGAAUUUGAUUUGGCUAUAAUUGAUUUUUAUAAUUUUUAUGAAAUAAAUUUUAAUGAAAAGAUUCAAAAUGAUAAUGAUAUUGAUCCAAUUAUACCGGAAAAUUUUUUUGAAGAAAUUACAUCUGAUUAUCAUACUACAAAUGAGAGUGAGACAAAUGUGACGAAUGCGACGAAUACGACGAACGCGAUGAAUGAGACGAAUGAGACGAAUGAGACGAAUACGACAAAUGAGACGAAUGAGACGAAUGUAACGAAUGCGAUGAAUGAGACGAAUGAGACGAAUGAGACGAAUGAGACGAAUGAGACAAAUGUGACAAAUGCAACGACGAAUGCGACAAAUGUGACGAAUGAGACAAAUGAUACGACUCAAUCAGAUCAAUCAACAUCAACCGAAAUAAUUGAAAAAUUAGAUUAUUCGGAAAUAAUAAAAUAUUUGGCCGAUCCAAAAGUAUUGAUGGAAUUAAGAAAUACUAUUUCUCAAUAUCAAAUUAUAUCAGAAAUUAUUUUGAAUUUUUUUAUGAGAAAAUGUAAAAAUAAUUUACGACGACUUUCAUUCGACGUAAAUCAAAUUUAUCACAAAUCUAUUUUUAAUCCAUGUAAAGAUUAUCAACGGUAUUCAACGGCUUUAUCAUUAUAUAAGAGAGGUGUAAGAGAUAAUCCUGAAUAUAAGGUGGCAGAAAUUUACUUAUCAUUACCUAAAUAUUUUAACGCGAUAAAUUGUUUAUCAAAUAUUAGGGAAUUGAUUUGUACGACAAAGAGAAAUAUGUCAAAUUUCUUUUUAUCAUUAUCAAAAUAUGUACAUAAUCUUGAUAAAUUGGAAAUAAAUAUUGAUCAUUCAGUUGAAGCAAAUUAUUUAAAUUGGCUUUUAUCAAGAGAAAGUUCUUUUUUAAGAGAAGAAGUUGCAAAUUUAAUUAAAUUAAUUCAUAAACAAAAAAAUUUAUCACAUUUUAUAUUACAUAAUUGUCCAGUGGAUUUUUCUUUAGUUAUGGAAGAAUUAAAAGAAUCUCAUGCAAAAAAUUUAAAAUCUUUAAGUUUAAUUGGAAUUAAAUUUGAGGAUCAAAAGAUUUUUUUUCAUUUGGGAGCUUUUUCAUCACUACAAAAACUUUUAUUAUAUAAUUGUAAUUUUAAUAAUAAUAAUAAUAAUAAUAAUAAUAAUAAUAAUAAUAAUCUUAAUAAUAAUGAUAAUGAUAAUGAUAUUUAUAAUGAUAAUAAUUUCGAUUUUAUUAUUAAAGAAAAAAUAUAUUUACCUAAUCUUAAGAAGAUUGAUUUAAAUAAUUCUUUUAUUCCUCAUCAAUUCUUACAAUAUUUAUUACAAAUUUGUUCAUCAAAUUUAAAAUAUUUAGAUAUUGGGAAAAGAUAUUCAAAAUAUUCAUUAAUUGGUUCAAAUUUUAAUCCUAUUCAAUUCAUUUCAACAAAUUUUUCUAAUAUUAAAUUUCUUAAAUGUGAUUUAUUACCUUUUGAAAAUAAUCAUUUUAUAAGUUUAUUAUCUUAUAAUAGUUAUUAUAUUCAAUCUAUUAUUUUAGAUAAUUAUGAAGAAAAUAAUAAUUUCGCUAAAUGUUUAUCUAUUUUAUCAGAAAUUAAUUUUGAUAAUUUAAAAUAUUUUGGUAUUAGAGGAAAUUUUAUAUUUUCGGAAUUUACUUUAUCGAAAUUUUUGGUGAAUAAUAUUAGAAAAAAUAGAGGUUUAAAUUUACAUGUAUUGGAAUUUACUAAAAAUAUUUGGUUUGAUAAUGAUUAUUUAAAAGAAAUUCUUAAAUGUUUGGAUAAUGGUUUUACUUGUAAUAAAUUAAUUAUUACAACUAUUGGUGAGAUCAAACCUGAAUUAUUGGCUAAAGCAAGGGAGAAGAUUAAGGUGGUUCAAUGUGUAGAAAUGAGAGGUUGA